AUGUCCACGCCUUCGAACACCUCGGACACGGCUGGUCAUCUACUCGUCCCGGGCCAGCACCCGGAUGCCGUUCACCGCCUUAAGAACGUGCCGGGCUACACCACCCCCGUCUUCAAGGGCAAGGAGGAGCAGCGUGCCAAGGUCCAGGCCAAUGUGGCUGCAAAGGGCUUCAUUCCGCGCGAGCUCGUCCCGAACGAGAUCACCUGGUUCUACACCCACCUCGGCAUCGACGACACGUACUUCCAGGCCGAGUCCGUCGAUGUGAUCUCGGACCACAUCAUCGCGCUCUUCGGUGCAAAGGUUCUCGCGUACACCAAGCACGACCCGUCCAAGCUCGUGAUCGACCUCGAGAAGAUCGACGAGAAUGGGAACGGCGCGACCUUCAUCCACACCAGCGCCCCGGGCAUGACCACGACCGAGGGACCCGGCUCGACGUGCGAGAGCCGGAUCGACGAGCUCUUCCUCGACAAGUCGACGCCCGAGUGCGCGUACCGGCUCGAGACCUACCGCUCGCUGGGGAGCAUCUCCGCGACGGCCUCGCAGCAGCUCCGCUGCUACUUCGUCACCAAGUGCAACUUCCCGGCGAGCCCGCCCGCGUCGACGCGCGCAGAUGGGCAGACCGACAUCCGCACGGUGUCGGACCCGAUCUUCCUCGAGAAGGCGAGCGAGCACACGCUCGAGAUCUACCAGCACGUCAUGUGGAACGUGGAGAAGCGGUUUGGGCCGGUCAUUGAGGUGUUCGAGGUCGAGGGCUCGCGCGAGCGCCGGAUGGUCAUUGGCUACAAGACAGGCGGGACCAAGAAGCUGUUCAGCGCGCUCUCGAACCUCUACCACUUCUACUCGCUCUACUCCGCGAGGAAGUAUGUCGAACAAUUCUCAAACGGGAUCACUAUCAUCUCGCUCUACCUCAACCCGCUCCCUGGCGCCAACGCGCCGCCGAUCGAGCACUCGAUCUUCCAGGUCAUGAAGGAGGCUUCGCUCCUCUACUGUCUUCCCAACAACCCCUUCUUCUACGCUGGGAAGGGUCCCAGCGGCGACCACGCUGUGCAGGAGGCGACAUAUGCGUACUGCGGUUGGAUAUUCGCGCAGCACUUCUGUAACAGGCUGGGGUCGGCAUACAUCACGCUCAAGAGCCUUCUUGACGACACGAACCCUGCCCACGCGACCGUGCUCGAUGACAUCAAGCGUCGGUUCAGGGAGGAGACGUUUACGCGCGAGAGUAUCGCGGAGGUCAUCCAUGCGCAUGCUGAGCUGAUCAACCUCCUUUACGUCAACUUCGCCAUGUCACACUACCCUGAAACCGAUGAAGCCGCGAAGCUCAUGCCUACGUUAUCAUACCAGCGUCUGCGUACUCAGAUGCCACUCACCGAUGCGGAGCUACACGACAAGAUCCGGAGGACGGUGACGAACAAGCAUGAGCUCCAGGUCUUGGAGAGCUUCUUGAUCUUCAACAAGAACGUCCUGAAGACUAACUUCUACCAGCCGACGAAGGUCGCGCUUUCGUUCCGUCUUGCACCCGACUUCCUCCCUGAGGUCGAGUACCCGAAGAAGCCGUUCGGCCUGUUCUUCAUCAUUGGUGGAGAGUUCCGUGGAUUCCACAUCCGGUUCAAGGAUGUUGCUCGUGGUGGCAUCCGUAUCGUCAUGUCGAGGAACAGGGAGAACUACUCGAUUAACCAACGUUCACUGUUCGACGAGAACUACGCGCUCGCGUCGACGCAGUCGCUCAAGAACAAGGACAUUCCAGAGGGCGGUGCCAAGGGCACCAUUCUGCCUUCCCUUGGCGAGAACCCGAAGCUUUGCUUCGAGAAGUAUGUUGAUGCCGUCCUCGACCUCCUGAUCCCCGGGCAGACCCCUGGAAUCAAGGAGAAGCUUGUUGACCUCUACGGCAAGCCCGAGCUCCUGUUCUUCGGUCCUGAUGAGGGUACCGCCGACCUCAUGGAUUGGGCAGCCAUGCAUGCUCGUGCCCGCGGUGCGGAGACGUGGUGGAAGUCCUUCACGACCGGCAAGAGCGCGCAGCUGCUCGGUGGCGUCCCCCACGACGUGUACGGCAUGACCUCAAUCUCGGUUCGCCAGUACGUUCUCGGCAUCUACAAGCAGCUCGGUCUCCGCGAGAAGGACAUCACCAAGGUGCAGACCGGUGGCCCCGAUGGCGACCUUGGUUCCAACGAAAUCUUGCUCAGCUCGGACAAGACCAUCGCAAUCAUCGACGGAAGCGGUGUGCUCCACGAUCCUGCUGGUCUCAACCGCGAGGAGCUCGUCCGUCUCGCCAAGGCUCGCAAGCCUGUGGGCUUCUUCGACACUUCCAAGCUCGGGAAGGAUGGUUAUCUCGUUCGUGUCGAGGACCAGGACGUCAAGCUGCCCUCUGGCGAAGUUGUGCUCGAUGGGACCGAGUUCCGGAACGGCGCCCACCUGCCCGUCAACAUCUCCAACGUUGCCUCGCUUACUGAUUCUGACGGCAAGGCCAACUUCAAGUACAUCGUCGAAGGCGCGAACCUCUUCCUCACACAGCAGGCGCGCCUCUACCUGGAGAAGCGCAAGGUCGUGCUCUUCAAGGACUCGUCGGCGAACAAGGGCGGCGUGACCUCGUCCUCGCUCGAGGUCCUCGCGGGGCUCUCGCUCGCGUCGGACGAGUACGAGCGGCUGAUGAUCUUCAAGGACGGCAAGCCGUCGGCGUUCUACGAGGCGUACGUGCGCGACAUCCAGCGCGCGAUCACGGAGAACGCGGCGAACGAGUUCGGGUGCAUCUGGCGCGAGCACGCGCGCGUCGGGGGCGCGAGGCCGCGCACGCUUAUCUCGGACGAGCUCUCGAGCAAGCUGAACGACCUCCAGGAGGAGCUCGAGGCCUCGGACCUGUUCGACGACGAGCCGAGCCGGUGCGGGGUGCUCCGGCGCGCGAUCCCGAAGACGCUGGUGGACGAGGUCGGGCUCGAGACGCUCAUGCAGCGCCUGCCGGUCACGUACCAGCGCGCGUUGUUCUCGAGCUGGGUGUCGUCGCACUUUAUCUACAAGUACGGCGUGAACGCGUCCUCGGUCGACUUCUUCCAUUUCGCGCGCGAGCUCGCGGCGUAG